GGUGGAGUUCAUCAGCCAGUCUUGGAUGAUCUCUGACUCAGACAGGUUCUGCCAGAGUGAAAAAUUUUCUCUUCGCGAUCAGUGUUGAGCCGCGCUGUCAGAGUUUAUUUUAAUAUUAAAACGAGUGAAGAAUUGGGUGUAAAAUAUAGCCGGUCUAAAUAUAAAAUCGUGAUUUUGUAACUUUGGGCAUUCUGCUGAUGAGUUUAGUUUCCUUUUUGCGUAUUGUACACACGUUUAAGAGUUGGAGUACUAGAAAACUCGAACAAUGUUUAUUCUAGUGUCGGGCGAUUGAAAUGUUUUCUAAGAAAAAAAAUCAUUUGCAAGAUUUCGUUUAAUCCUGGUUUUCUGUGUUGAAUUUCUAGCUACACGAGAAUCGGAAUAGUCAUUGAGUAUCGAAAUAGUAGGUCAGUGUGCUUUUAUAAAAGUUGCAGAGAAACCAACGUACCCAUAGUGCUGCAAAGUGUUAGAAGUGCUAAAAAAUGGGGUCCGAGACCCGAAUUCUCGGUGGAAGCCUGCUGGUCGUAGCUCUACUAUCAACGUUCGUCAUUGGAAUACAUUCUACCAAGUCACAGCACCACGACGCAGAUUUAGUGUUUGACGACAUUAGCUCGUUACAACCGGCAGAUGGUGUCAACGAUGAGCAUAAGGUGCAGCAGGGCGUUAGUAAACGUGGUGCUACCAACAACGUCGAGGAGGACAGCUUAUUUGAUUUAGAGGGUUUAGAUAACAACGUUGUGGUUAGUGAUGACGACAUCGACGCCGAUGAUGUGGAUGGCUUCGACGACGAUGAUGACAAUGAUGACGACAUCGUUGAUCGAACGGGCUUGUUCGCGCCGAAGCCCGAAUUGGAGAGUCAGAAUUGGUUACUACGAAAUGUUCACAGGAUUAGACGCAGCAUAGGUAAUCUGUUAAAUGAUAAUGACAGUCCAACAAAAAAACCAAAGAGAAAAAAAAAUCUCAAAAAAGCACACAAUGGUAGUAAGAAGAUGCGUAAUAAUGAUUUAAAUGCGAGCAACGCAAGUGUUAGGAAGAAUAAACAUAACGUUGAAAAGAAAAGUGAACACCCGUUCAAACAGACACGUGUUGAUGGUGGGAGACGGAAAAUGCGCCAACAAUCUCAACGAUUGAAGAGACAUUACUAUGCUUUGGGUGAUGAUGAAGACGCAGUCUCUGGCUCUGGUGGACAUCCUUUUGGAUUCGAGUUCGAGUAUGCAUAUAAGCUGACUUUGACGGUGUUUGAGGCCUACAAUGCCGAACUCGAUGAUAAAGAGAGCAACCGAUUCAAACAGGUAGCAAAGGAUGUCGCAGAAAAACUACAUGCUCUGCUCAGUGACUUGGAUCUUGAGGCUACCUUCAUUAUUACCGUCCACAAACUUGAGCGCAACCCGCAUGACGAUCGCGAAACAUUCGUCACAUUUGAAAUUAAUGCGGACAAGAGCUUGUCGAAAAACGUAAUUGAUAAUUAUCUACGUGCUGCUAUCGAGCAAGGAUAUGAAAACUUCGACAUGAAAGGAUACAGUUUAACUGCUGAAGGCGCAUUGGACGAAGAUUACGGAGAUGCAGACUACCAUGACCCUUCUCCGGACAAACCACUUGAUCCAUUCACCGAGAAGCCGUUUGUCACCGAACAAUCAUACACAGUGUCUAGCGUAGAUCGAAUGAAUCCUGUGGAUAGUACGGCAGGUUUCCACGGAGAGGACGGAGAGGAAGAGGAUGACAAUGGUGCCGAUAUUAUGCCGCCGAUGGUAGCUGAGACCGAAAUCCCAGCGGAAACAUCCACCCACAUUAUCACUUACACUGAAGACAAGUGUCGUGGUGACGACAAAUUCCGGUGUGGCCAAACGAAUGUUUUCAUCUGUGAAGUACAAAAAUGCGACGGUCAACGGGACUGUCCUAAUGGCGAGGAUGAAAAUCCGGCCGAUUGUUUGAAUUGCACCGACGAUGAAUUCAGCUGUGAUCAAGAAAAGUGCAUUCCGAAAUCAAAAGUGUGCGACAAUGUGCGUGACUGUGACGAUGGAUCCGAUGAAGUAGAGUGCAAGUCUACAGUGCCACCAAUUCAAGAAUGUGAUUCAGAUGAAUUCGUCUGCAGAGAUAAAAGUUGUAUUCCAUUAGAUCACCAAUGUGACGGCCACAAAGAUUGUCUACAAGGAGAGGAUGAACUUAAUUGUUCGGAAUCAACACAAGAUCGUAAUUGUUCAUCUGAAUCUGCAUUCCAAUGCAACGAUGGUCAUUGUAUAUCGAGUAACAAUGUAUGUGAUGGCAUCAAACACUGCUCGGAUGGUGAAGAUGAGGACUGUGUAACCGAAGAUCAAUGCAAUGGCUAUCAGUUUCGCUGCCUUUCGGAUAGUAAAUGCAUUCCAUUGGAAAAACGUUGUAACAGACGGCUGGACUGUAUUGAUGGUUCUGACGAGAAAGGCUGCGCACGCUGCGAUAAGGACGACUUUCACUGCGACAAUGGCUAUUGCAUUCCAAGGAAACAACGGUGUGAUCGAUGGCACCAGUGUAGCGAUGGUAGCGACGAAAAGGACUGUGAUAAAUCGUGCACCUCGAAUGAAUUUACGUGUCACAGUGGCGAUUGCAUCGACAAAUCCUAUGUUUGCAAUGGUAUUCAGGAUUGUUUAGACGGUUCUGAUGAACAUAAUUGUUCACGACAAUGCUCUGAGUUCACCUGCUCCGAUAAUUCGUGUGUUCCUAAAGAGAAAAUAUGUGAUGGCUUCAACGAUUGCAUGGAUGGUAGUGAUGAAUUUGCUUGCGAUGAUAAUUCCCAUUUGAAGAAGUCAUUGGAUCACAAUCGCGCUGGCGCUAACCACCAUCAUGGUCACAGCAGCCAACAACUACCGGCACACAGCAGUCGUUGCGGGCGCGACAGUUUCGAGUGUCACGACGGCAUCUGUAUAGCAGACUACAAAAAGUGCAAUGGCAUUGUUGACUGUCACGAUCAGUCCGACGAACUCGAUUGUCCAUACGCUAACGAAGAUGACGAUGAACACUGUACAAGCGACGAGUUCUAUUGCGAUGGCAAAUGCGUGGACAAAAGCUUCCUCUGUGAUGGUAGAAUCGAUUGUCAAAAUGGCGAAGAUGAAGAUAACUGUGAUAUAUCUGAUGAAUGUAGUGACAACGAAUUUACGUGUGAUGGAAUAUGUAUAGCUAAAGAAUCUUACUGUAACGGUUUACCAGAUUGCGAUGAUGGUACGGAUGAAAAUAACUGUAUUAUAUGUCAGGCCGGAGCGUUUCAUUGUAAAAGUAGAGAAUGUAUUCCGCCUGGGUCUCGUUGCGAUGGAGUCAUGGACUGUAACGAUAAUAGCGACGAAAUAGAUUGUAACUCCAACUCAUCCAACAGCACGAGUGGCAGUUGUAACAGUGAUCAGUGGAAGUGUGACAAUGGCUUAUGUAUAAAUAGCGAAUUCCGUUGCGACAACCAUGUUGACUGCUCCGACAGAUCGGACGAAGUAGACUGUCCUCGUUGUACCGUUGACCAGUUUAGUUGCUCCGACGGAUCUUGCAUUGAUGGUGAUCGACGCUGUGAUAAUGUUCUCGAUUGCAGAGAUGGCAGUGACGAGCGGGACUGUGAUUAUCCUACUCAUACUGAGAAAACCGACUGUCCCCAACACGAAUGUACAGAUGGUACUUGCAUUGAGCAUUCAAAGCGAUGCGAUGGAGUACGAGACUGUCGAGACGGAUCGGACGAGAUCAAUUGCCGUUCAUGCAAUGACACUGAGUUUGCUUGUCUAGAUGGCUACCUCUGCAUAGAUGCUGCUUUAAGAUGUGAUAGUUAUUACGACUGCAAAGAUUUCUCGGAUGAGCAAAAUUGUUUCGCAUGCUACAACGAAUUCGAGUGCAACGAUGGACAAUGCAUUCCAAAGCAUCUUGUUUGUAACAGGCAUCCGGAUUGUCGGGAUCAGUCCGAUGAACGAAACUGCACAUGCUCCAGAACUGAAUUUCGGUGCAACACGGGUGAGUGUAUUCCGGAUUCUCGAAGAUGUGACCUGCGAGUAGAUUGCGGUGACGGAUCUGAUGAACAUGGUUGCAAGCCAAAAUGUAGGGAACAUGAAUGGACCUGCACUGAUGGAAACUGUAUCCACUUACGACAACGAUGUGACCGACGAUACGAUUGUACUGAUGGAAGCGACGAAAGAAACUGCCACAGUGACCGAUGUGAUCGUAAUAUGUUUCGAUGUGAAAAUGGCCCCUGCAUUCCGCAAUCGUUCAGAUGCAAUGGAAAAGUUGAUUGUCCAUAUGAUACAAGUGAUGAACUCGAUUGUAUCGAUUAUGCCACACCAUCGGAGGACAAUUCAAGACUGAACCUUCGUACUUAUCCGGAUGAACAAAUUAUAAAAGAGAAACAAAUUAUUGAGGGUCGCGAAGUGGUCUUCCAAUGCCGCGAUGAAGGUCCAGUACGAGCGAAAGUGAAGUGGACUCGAGCCAAUGGAAUGCCUUUACCACCGGGAUCGCGCGACUUCAACGGUCGCUUAGAAAUACCAAAUAUAAGGUUCGACCACAAUGGUGACUAUGUGUGCGAAGCAGUAGGGUAUCCGAAAUCAACCCCUGGCAGCAGUAAAUUGGUCCAUUUGAUUGUGGAAAGAUCCUGGAGAAUUAAGUAUAGGAAAAAUCGCAUCAACGUAAUUCAAUUUGGAACGGUACCGCAUAUUGGGUUUGAAUUUUUUGGAUUAGCAUGUUCUAUUACUCAAGCUACUUGCAUGAAUGGAGACUGUAUAGCUAAAUCCCAAAUUUGCGACGGAAAUUUCGAUUGUAUCGAUGGAUCAGACGAAACGGGGUGCAGAAAAUCGCAGCGUUGUGAACCCAAUGAGUUCAAAUGUCGCAAUAACAAGUGUAUUUUGAAAACGUGGCGUUGUGAUGGCGAAUCAGAUUGUAGUGAUGGAUCCGACGAGGACAAUUGUGCCAUAUCGCCACCCGGUGCCGCUUGUCGUUAUGAUGAAUUCCAAUGCCGCAGCGAACAGUGCAUUCCAAAAUCUUUCCAGUGUGACUCGCAUCCAGACUGUUUCGACAAAUCUGAUGAAAUUGGUUGCAUGGUUCCAUCUGUGAUUCAGCCUCCUCCGCCAUCCCUAACCAUUUCUUCUGGUGGAAUCUUAAAUAUCACCUGCCGGGCUACCGGUGUUCCCAUACCACUAAUCGUUUGGCGUCUCAACUGGAAUCAUGUUCCGGAGAAGUGUACUUCAUACAGCGACAACGGUUUCGGUAUUCUCACGUGCAACGAUAUGCAACCUAUUGAUGCCGGUGCUUACUCCUGCGAAAUUAUCAACUCGAUGGGCACUCACUUUGUGUCACCUGAUACGAUAGUAGUCGUAACAGGGAACAAAACUGUUUGCCGUUCAGGUUACUUCAACAGCAAAGCAAGACACCCAGAGGAAUGCAUUAAUUGUUUCUGUUUCGGUGUAUCGAAUCAAUGCCAGAGUGCCGAUCUUUACACUUAUGCUCUACAACCCCCAGUAACAUCACUCACUAUUGUCGGUGUUGAGGGUCCCUGGUCGGGGCAAAGGAAAAUAACUGAGGGUGAAUUCAUCAAUCACGAUCUAGCAGUAACUAGACAUGGUGUUCAAUUGAGGCUGGCAAAUAUUGUGCCUGGUAGACAAAUACCCUACUACUCUCUUCCUGAGGAAUACAAAGGAAAUCAACUCAAAUCAUACGGUGGCACUAUCCGUUAUACAGUUGAAUACGAUGGUGCUGGGAAUACGAAUAACGCUCCAGAUCUAAUAAUUAAGGGCAACAAUUUAAUUUUGAUGUACAAUAACAUUGGUUCGUUUUAUCCGGAUGAGCGGAAUGCAGUAUCCGCCUCGUUUUUACCAGGAGUAUGGCGUAAAGAAGACAAUACCAUGGCCACCCGUGAAGAGAUUAUGAUGGUACUAGCAAAUGUUGAGAGUCUGCUGAUAAAAAUAUUAUACGUCGAUGGAGUAGAACGCAACAUUGAAUUGCUUGAUAUUGCCAUGGAUUCUGCUGCGAAUCGUGAUCUAGGAUUGGGAUCAGCUACUUUAGUUGAAGAGUGUAGAUGCCCCCCAGGUUACAAAGGACUAUCUUGUGAGAACUGCGACUAUGGUUACGUACGACAAAGCAGUGGUCCAUGGUUGGGUAGAUGUGUGGCGAAAGUUCAAGAAUGUCGCCCUGGUUACUAUGGAGAUCCCAAUCGAGGUAUUCAGUGCCAACCUUGCCCUUGUCCUGUGCCAGGAGACAAAUCGAGGGCCAGAACAUGCUAUAUGGAUAACUACAAUAACGUUAUAUGUAAUUGUGACAGAGGCUACACUGGUGAUAGAUGCCAACAGUGUGCAUCGGGUUAUAUAGGAAACCCUAUGGGUGAUGGAUGCUCACCUGCUCCCAUUUCCAACUGCAAUCGAGAUGGUACUAGCCAAACACUUCCUGAUGGAAAGUGUAUCUGCAAGGCAGGUGUUACCGGAGUCUACUGCGAUCGCUGCCAGGCGGAACAUUUCUUUAUGCACGAUAAGGGCUGCGUAGAGUGCUUCUGCAUGGGAGUUUCUAGAUCAUGUACCAGUACUAGCAUGUUCAGGGAUACUUUGCAGGCAGCUUUUAAUGAUGGUCAGUCAGGAUUCUCGCUUAUCUCUGAUUACACGAAUCCAGAAAUAGUGGCCACUAAUCUGGCGGCAUCCAGCCGGGAAAUUGUUUACCGUAACUUUGGCACCAGCGACGACACGUUCUACUGGAGGCUUCCGGCAAAAUUCCUAGGGAAUAAAUUGACAUCAUAUGGUGGAUUCUUGAACUAUACUCUACGGUACACACCACAUUCUUCAGGUGGUGCCUCCAGGAAUAAUUCUCCGGAUGUAGUACUGCACAGUGGUAAUAAGAUUAAACUUCAUCACUACCGAACCGAUGGUAACAUUUCACCAAUUGGAUCCAGCACAUAUACUGUUCCGAUAUUAGAAGAUUAUUGGCAAAACUACGAAGAUGGAAACAAAGCGCUACGUCAGUAUCUGCUGAUGGCAUUAGCCAACGUGAGCGAUGUAUUUAUCAAGGCUACGUAUAAUACUGUUUCCAACGAGGCUGCUUUGUCACAGGUUAGCUUAGAUAUUGCUUCGGAACAUGACUACGGUUCAGGAACUCGAGCUUGGCCUGUAGAGCAGUGCCAGUGUAUCCAAGGUCAUAUUGGAUUGUCAUGUGAGGAUUGUGCUCCUGGAUAUUAUAAGGGAGACGGUGGACUAUACCUUGGCCUCUGUGAAAAGUGUGAGUGUAAUGAACAUUCCGAUGAAUGCGACCCUGUCACUGGAGUUUGUCUAAACUGUCGUCACAACACGUAUGGCAACAAUUGCGAAUACUGCACACCACCCUACGUUGGUAACGCCACUGGAGGAACGGCUUAUGAUUGUUCGAUGGAAAAGCCCGAUACUUCUUUCAACUGUCAACAUUGUGACUCACGCGGUUCUACCGGUAAAUGUGAAGAGCGAUGCGAAUGCAAGCGAUUGGUUGAGGGAUACCGGUGUGAUCAAUGUCGAGAGGGAUCGUUUGAUCUAAGUUCCCACAACAUUGACGGAUGUCGCGAAUGUUUCUGUUCUGGAGUCACAAAAUCUUGCAGUAAAUUGCGAUACUUCCGAGAAGACUUGCCUAUUUUCAUCACUGGAGAUGAUGAUGGAUUUGCUCUAACAAAUCGUGAUGGACACGUGAUUACGUCCGAUGGAUUUGACGGAGCACCACAAAGAAAUGAAAUCAGUUACAACUUUAGGGACCGAAACACAUACUAUUGGAGUCUACCCGAAAGGUUGCUGGGUAAUCAAAUACUAUCGUAUGGUGCUAACCUGACUGUUACGCAGUCAACUAUCGGUUCAGAACCAAAUCCUGAUCAAGAUAUUAUUUUGAUCGGAAACGGCCUUAAGCUGUUCUGGUCACGACCACACUAUGAGGACGGUGUUUAUUCAGUUCCUCUACUAGAAAGUUAUUGGACCAACCUUGGGUCAAGAGGGCCGUAUCAAGCAAGUAGAAGUGAUCUUAUGACUGUGCUAUCAAAAUUGGACCACAUUUUGAUUCGAGCAACAGUUAGAGAUUAUACAACGAGAUCAUCAAUAAGCGAUAUUGUGUUGGGUACCGCAGUCAAUAUGCGAACUGACUACGGACCCGCUGAUGAGGUCGAAUUGUGUCGUUGUCCACCAGGAUAUCGCGGUACAAGCUGUGAGCAAUGUGAUGAACUCUUUUACAAAGACGUGUUCGAUCGAUCAGCUGGUAUUGUAGGUGUUUGUAAACCGUGCCCUUGUGAUAAUGCAGUAUCCUGUGGAAUUGAUGAUCGAGGUGAUGUAAUAUGUAAUUGCCAACCAGGGUAUACUGGUCCAAAUUGUGACAAUCGACAUUCGGAGGGUGGACCUGUAACCCACCCACCACCCCCUCCAAUCAUCGAGGUGGUCGUUGCUGCUCCAACAAUCCAAAUUGUAGAAGUAGGACGAAAUAUUCGUUUGGGCUGUACGGCCCGUUACAUUGUGUCCAAGCGUCCAAUAGAUGUACGUUGGGACCGAGUUGGAGGACGUAUGCCUGAACGAGCUUAUACAGAAAGUGGAACCCUUAUCAUCACCAAUGUUCAAAUAUCUGACAGCGGCACCUACGUUUGUCAAGCUGGUAGUGGACCUGAUACUGCUUACCAGCAGGUUACAGUUACCGUGGAAGGAGUCUCAUCAUCCCGUAAACCAGAAGUCACCAUUUCGACUGAUGUGAUCGAUCUCGACGAAUAUCGUUCAGUUGACGUGAAUUGUGUUGCAACUGGUUUCCCAACCCCAGUAAUUACAUGGGAGCGAAUGGAUCAACAUCCACUCUCAACUAAUGUAAUUCUUGAGUAUGGUUUACUUCGCUUCAACUCCCUUCGAAAAUCCGAUGAAGGCACAUACAGAUGUAGUGCUCGAAAUGAUAUUGGAGAGGCGGACAAAAUAUUACAUGUAUACGUGCGUGACUCCAGGCCACACCCCACUCAGCCUCCGCGCCCUGACCACUCAUACGAAAUUAUCAAAAUCAAUCCCGACAACUAUCAAGGACGAACAGGUGAUCAAAUUACACUAUCCUGUAUAUGCCAACCUAGCGGUCAAAUAAAAUGGGCUAAGGCAGGUGAACCUAAUCUACCACGAAACAGUUAUGUGCAAAACGAACUGCUCAUAAUCGAGCAUUCCACAAUUGACAAUUCGGGUCGAUACAGUUGUACUGCAAUUUUCCCAAGUGGUCGUGAACGAACUUCUUUCGUUGAUGUCGUAAUCGCACCAAUUAGGCCUGACCUGACAACUCCUCGAGUGAAGACUCUUGAUAAUAAGCACACCAUUACGCAAGGAACUGAUUACACCAUAAUCUGUGAAGCUACUGGAAACCCACACCCUACAGUUAAAUGGACACUGAGUGGCAAGCCGUUUUCUCCCAAUGUCCAACAAAGCGGAAACACACUCAGAAUUCUGAACGCUCAACCUGACAAUGGUGGCGUGUACAUCUGUGUGGCUGAGAACAGCGAGGGUAUGGAUCGAUCUUACACUCUUGUCGACAUUGAACUGCUAGAUGAAAAUGGCCGCGAACCUCCAAUUUUGGAGCUAUACCCAACGGAACCACAGGUUAUAAAGGUAGGUGAAUCCACCCGUCUGUCAUGCCGUGCAACUGGCGGUGUCCCGUAUCCUACUCUAAUUUGGGUCCGAAGAGACAGAAAACCUUUGUCAUCCCGAAUUACCCAGGACUAUCCAGGAGUAAUCACAUUGCGCGAAGUCAUACUCGAAGAUUCAGGAGAAUAUGAAUGCAGAGCUGAGAAUUCAGCUGGAUCCGCUUCAUUGUCAGCAUCUGUAGAUGUUCAACUUGCUCCGAUUAUUACCAUUUCACCACCAGUAGAUGAACACAAACUAUACGAGGGUGAUGAGCUAAGUAUUCAAUGUACGGCUAGAGGGAAACCGGAACCAACGGUGGUUAUCAAACCUCCUCAUCAGGAUACCGACACUCGCCUUCUGUCUCACACCGAAGGACUUGGAGCAGCAAAUAUACAUAUAUUCCAAGCCGAACCAAAGCACUCGGGAACUUACGAAUGUGUCGCCACUAAUCUUGCUGGAACAGAUUCACGCUUCAUUACAAUUCAAGUAGAGAAAAAACGUGGCGACCUUGGACCCCAUGACCAUGACCGUGAUACCUACCCAAGGCCACCCUAUAUUGAUCGUCCUCAACAGCACACUUAUAAAGCUAUUUUAGGUGAACGUUCCGAAUUAGUCUGCAAUGAGGCAUCCAGUGGAGCUCGUACUGAAUGGAGACGUUCCGAUGGGCGUCGGUUACCAUACGGAUCAAUUCCUCGUGAUGGUCAUCUAAUAAUUGAAAACACCGGACACGAUGCCGCUGGUUUAUAUGAUUGUGUUGCACAUGAUAUUGCCGCCUCUCCUACAACGAUAGUACAAAUUCUGUUAGAAGUUAUUGAACCACCCCGUAUAACUUUCAGUCCAACGAUGCCUAUGGUAGUACGCUCUGGUGAAACAGUUACUAUUAUUUGCAAUGCUACUGGUGAAAAGCCAAUCCGAGUCUCAUGGCACGGAGAAAACGGCCAAAGCCUUCCCGAAAGGAUACGCGUAAGUGGACAGUAUCUGCAAUUCACACAAAUUACUACAGAUGACGCAGGACGGUAUUAUUGCUCUGCCACUAAUCGCCAAGGAAACGUUACGAAAGUUGCCGAAGUUAUCGUAAACCGGAAUGAAAUGAUUCCAGAUAUACCAGCACACGGACGAAUCCAUGAAGUUUACCGAGGCUCUUCAAUAUCAUUAGACUGCAAACUUCCAGACAAUCAUUAUUUCCCAGGACUGACGUAUCACUGGAGUCGGCUAGAUCGCCCGCUGCCGUACAAUAUACGAGUGGAGGACAGAGUACUACAGCUAAACCACAUUCGAGAUGAAGACGCAGGUCGAUACGAAUGCCGUAUGACCUACCCGAAUGGUUCCGUGGCCUAUGAUUUUGUUGACGUGGCAAUUAAGGGUUCCGGGAGUACCAGACUGAUCAAUAUCGAAUGCACCUACACUGACUACGUCUGCAAGGCGCCGAUUCUUAUAUUCCACACGUGUCUACCAUCUUGGAUGAUUUGUGAUGGUAUAUCAGAUUGUGCUGAUAGCUCCGACGAGCGGAACUGUCGCAUAUUGCGCAAGGGGAUCGUCCGCUCCAACUCUCCGACUGAAACUACACGUGGCCAACGACAGUAUCAACUGCCAGUCGCUGCCGUGGACUCCACUUUGGCACGAUCGGCAUCCAAGUUUUUCGCCCCGCAAUCUCUACCCAUUCUUCGAUUGGAACCAACUGUCUCUUAUCUCAAACCGGGAGAGUCCGUCGAAGUCGAUUGUACUUCCUCAGCCGGAACGCAUGUGCCCAUCGUAUGGGAGAGAACCGGCGGACAACCGCUACCUUACAACUUUAGGCAAGACGGAAAUAGACUGAUAGUACAAGAUGUAACGGAGCUAGAUAGUGGAAAAUACACGUGCGUUUGCCGUACUGACGAGGGUCUGGAAUACAUUUCCGAUUUUGAACUGAACGUUAACUCAGCCAGACAACCAGAAACUCUUCAGAAAACCGCGAAGGUGGAAUACGCUGACCGAGGUUCAACGGUAAAGCUACAAUGCAACACUGAUAUUUACCCUACAUCAUUCCAAUGGUCACGAGAUCGCGGUUCGUUCAACGCCGACCAGAAUAUAACUAUUCCAAUUCUUACUUUGACCGAUGUACAAGCCGCCGAUGCUGGUACUUACAUUUGCACAGCCCGUCACAAUGGACAGACGGUUGACGUAUUAACAACUCUGGUGGUGAAUGGAGCCAUUCCUUUCUUCCCACAAUCCCCAAAAAGCUACAUGGCGUUCAACAAGAUCGACAAUGCAUACUCCAAGUUCAACUUUGAGAUUUCUUUCAAACCCGAAAAGUUUAAUGGAUUAAUUUUAUACAAUGGACAACGACGGCCUAACGGUGACUAUAUCUCGCUGUCACUACGUAAUGGUUUCCCGCAGUUUAAAUUUGACUUUAACGGGCAGUUGGUUAGCCUUCAGCCAGAGAAACCUAUUGCUAUGGGACAAUGGCACACUAUCAAGGUGAAUCGUGUUCGUAACAAUGGCUUCCUGUUGGUUAACGACCAAAGUCCAGUGGUCUUCCCUGAUAAACUCAAGUUCCAUGGACUAAAUCUAGAUGAUAAUCUGUAUAUCGGAGGUGUCCCCAACUUUGCUAGUAUCCCAGCAACCGCCGUUGAAACUAGAGAAGGUUUUGUUGGUUGCAUAAGUCGAUUAGUGAUUAACGGACGUGAGAUUCAACUGCAUCAAGAAGCAAUCGCUAAUGAAGGAACAACCUCCUGUGAACCAUGUGCUGAUGAUCCAUGCAAGAAUUCUGGUGUUUGCCUGGAGACACAAAGCGAUAUUGGUUACUCCUGUGUCUGUCAAGAAGGUUACACCGGGAAAGACUGCAUGGUUGAAGGUCACAAAUGUAUGUCCGGAACAUGUGGGAUAGGCAGAUGCGAAGAAACAGCUGCCGGAGCUGAGUGUUACUGUCCCAUUCGCAAAACGGGUGAUCGCUGUCAGUAUACAGAGCAUUACGCUGAUGAUACGUUAGCCUUCAAAGACGGCAGCUACGCAGCUUAUGAUAAAUUCCAAACGAAACGCAGCGUCAAAUAUCGCUUCAAACCGGACACCUUAGAGAAUGGAGUUCUACUGUAUGCGGUUGAAAAUGAAAAGACGUACGGAGACUUCAUUGCCGUAAUAUUGAAUGACGGUUUCAUCGAACUGCGCUACAGCGUAGCAGGAAAAAUUCCUCCGGUCAUUUUACGAUCAACCGUACCGAUUCAGAUAAAUCGUUGGCACGACCUAUCAGCGGGACGCAGCCGGGGCGGGCUGGCCUAUCUACAAGUUGAUGAAGAACCACUGCUCAACGAACCAAAGAUUGGUAGGGCAACAGCUAUUGCACUGAAGUCUAGCGUAUUUGUCGGUGGUUACGAUAAACGAGUUCUUCUCAACAGAGCAGUGGGUGUGCAAAAAGGAUUCGAAGGAUGCAUUGCUGAUCUUGAGAUAUCUGGAAACGCUAUCAACAUGAUUGAUGACAUUAAAGAUUCUGCCAACAUUUACAAUUGCGGUCAUCAACAGAGCGGAGAGAACGAUAAUGACGAAGAUAACGAAAUCGACCCAUGCAAGGCAGGCUAUGGUGGAUCGAACUGUGAUAUAAUAAUUGACAUUUGUUUAGCACAAAAACCUUGCCAGAAUGGUGGUCACUGUAGCACUAAACAAGGUGGAUUAUAUCACACUUGCGAAUGUCAUUCCGGUUUCCUAGGUCGUAAUUGCGAACAGGUUUACGCUACUAACAUAGGAUCACAUUUCCGUGGAGAUGGAUUCUUGGAGGUUAAUCCAAAAGCUAUAGUUGCUGGACCAGAUCAGUUUGAAACUAAACUAGCGAUAAUGUUCAGCACUAACAGCCACAACGGAAUGCUUCUAUGGUACGGUCAACGAAAUGGAGACAACUUUGCUGGAGAUGAUUACCUUUCGUUGUCGGUGCAUGAGGGAUAUCUAGAAAUUGGAAUGCGACUGGACGGUGAAGAAUCUACGCUGCGCAACGAAGAUGUAUUUGUCGCUGAUGGCGAACAGCACGUAGCGGUACUCACACGUGAGGCCAACCGCAACAGGCUGGAGGUAGAUCACUUCUCAGCACAUGGUGAAACAAGGCCCACUGGAAAAACAGAGAUUCAUUUACCAGGAAAUGUGUAUAUAGGCGGUGCGCCAGAUCUGAGUCGGUUUACUGGGGAUCGCUUCAACGAAAGCUUCAACGGUUGUGUGUACGUGAUAGAGAAUCCCGACACAGCAAGAGCUGUACCAUUGCAAAACUUCGCCAUGCGAACGGUCAACGUCGAUGUUUGUGACGAUCCGAAAUGGAUUAUACCUUUCCUGUUAUACCCAGAUUUAGAGGAUGGAACCGACGUUUUCGGUCCAUUGGAGUUUGAUAAAGUGGAAGAACCUCCCCCUGUUCAUAUAAUUUACCCUAGGCCUUUCAACAGUGCUUAUCCUAUAUUUAGCAUUAAUCUAUGGUCAGUUUUCCUAGCGCUGUCAUACAGUCAAGCAACUGGCGCAUGGUUAUGAGGUCCGUUCACAGUUAGGCAACAAAUUUCCAAUUAGUAUAAUGCACAUAUUAAUAUUAAUGCAAAUAAAAACAAAUCUGUAGAUAGAAUGUUAUAGCUUAGCGAAUCAACGAACCAAAUGUAAAUAAUUAUCAUUACGUUCUAAAUCCUGCUGAGAACAAUAUAAUAGUGUUAAAAUGCAAAAUUCACAUUGAUAAAUGUGUCAGAUAUUGCAUUACAUUUAAGCAAUGUUACCAAGAAAAGCCAUACGUCCGUUAUAACUAACAUUCAAUAGUGUAAUACUAGGCCUGUGUAGGAGAGACCGGGGUUGGUUGGCCGAGCUUUGCUUUCGGUAUUUCUGCACUUAUUCUGGUUAGACUUAUUGAUAAACGGCUUGCGCUGCCAUGAAGAUAAAACCCUUGAGCACAUAUGAAUGGCUGGCGUCCAAAAGGGGCUAACCCACAUUUUUCAUUUUUUACAGGAAAGGGAAAAAAUUUCCGCCUUUCUAAAAUUCAUUGACUCAUGUUGUCUAUAAAAAGAUUAUUACAUGUACUACUUUUCAAUUCACUAGCAUUUUCGUAGCUCGAGGGGGUAACCCCGGGUGUACCUAGCGUCCAAAAGGGGCUAACCCACAAUUCUCACGUCCUUUCGUUAUCUUUCGUUUUAAAGUUAUGGUGCCUUGUACAGAGUUGUUGUUUGAUAUCCAGCGCUUUAUUUUAUCAUUUCAUGUUAGUUCGGAAUUCAGUCGCUAGGGCGGCACUGUUAUCAACUUUUUAAUGGAAUGAGAUAGAAAGAUGGAGUCAACGGCAAAGUUGUAUGUCAGGUAAUUAUCAAUAUAUCUUCUGAAGAUACCAACUAUGUAGAUCUCAAAGGUUUUGAAAUAUGGUGCAUUUUUGAAAACAUAAUCAGUAAGUAAAUGUUUUAACUAAAACCUUCUCUAACUCGAAACAUACAGGACCUACAAAGUUUGCAUCUCCAGAAGAUAUAUUUAAAAUGAUAGGGCCUACAACUUCCUCGAUGGCACCACAUUUCUAUCUAGCUUUUUUAAAAAGUUGAUAACAGUGCCGCCCUAGCGACUGAAUUCCGAACUAGUGUAAUCCAACCAAAUAAAGUGCUAAAUGACAUACAGCAACUUUUCCGAAUACACCAUAACUCUAUGACAAAAGAUAAUAAUUGAUUCCCCGUUUUGUAACUUUCCGACCACAAUGUACCGUUUUUCUCUUAAUCUGCUUAUUGCUCGGUCAACUUUCAUUGCAGAGACAUGACACUUUCACUGGAAUUUUCGAAAAAAACAUGCUCAAUAAUAUACAUUUGUGCAAGAAAUAUAUAUUAGAUAGAAAAUAGCCAUACAUAGCAAGUGGGUAGGUGGGUAAGAAAACCAACCGGUACGUACAUUUACUGGUAUGGUUCCCAAAAUCUCAACACGUGUAAACGAGUAAUGCACAUCGUAUUCGGUUCGGAUUUCGUUCACACGGUAAACGAAAGAAAAACCUUCAUCGAGUCUCAGUUUCUAAAACCAAACCGAACCACUCAGCGUUCGAACCGGUACAAAUCUUGAUUGCGCCUGGUUUACCUAGAGUUUUUCAAUAGCAACAGUCUUUCUCAAGACUACCUAUAUUUUUUCGACAAUUAGUCUUUCUCAAGACUACCUAUUUUUUUUACUCAAUCAGUCUUUUUCAAAACUAAAACAUUUUUCAAGAACAAUUCAGCCUAAAGAAAUAUUUAAUUCUUCCAACAUGCCUGGGUCCUCCCAGAAAGGCCGUGUGCCAAAAAUUAAAGCUAAAUGGAAAAGGGUAUCUUCUCCACCCGCAAAUUCAAUUGACUGCAGCAACUCAUUCGAUGUUUUAUCCGAAUGUGAAGCUAAUGAAAUUUCUAAAUUUCCUCGCAUUGCGCAUAAUGCCAAUGAGAAGAAAACGCAAUCACCUCGGCCUAUAACAGUGAUGAUCUCCGACUUCAAAGCCUUUCGAACUGAGCUUUCGACGUUCCCUCCGGACGUGAAAGUCUCUUUUCAGAUUGGCCGAAGAGGAGAAUGUCGAGUUACAGCGGAAGAAUUGAUUGGCCACAAACGACUACUGCAGUAUCUUACUGAGAAGUUAUAUAAAAAAUUUUCAUAUGAUUUCAAGACAGCUAGACCAUUCAAGGCUGUCUUUAAAGGGCUACCACAAGGUCAAAGUUUGGAUGAAAUAUCCAACGAAUUAAAAAAAUUAUUUUGCUUUUCUCCUUCACAAGUUAUUCUUAUGAAGAGAAAGGCUAGCGGCGAUAACACGCCAGUACGCUUUGGAAUUAUCCAGGAGCUUUAUUUAAUUCAUUUUAACCGUAAUAAGGUUAAUAAUUUGAAAGUAUUUGAAAAAGCACGUUUUAUGUUCCACGUGCGAGUAAAGUGGGAACAUUAUAGACGACAUGGGGGCAGAAUUCAAAAUCUGACCCAGUGUCAAUGCUUUGGGCACGGCACACAAAAUUGUCAUUUGGAUUCCAAAUGUAUUAUCUGUGGUGAUAAAUCGCACACGAAAGAUACUUGUCCGGUGAACAAAACCACAAAAAGUUUCAAAUGCGCUAAUUGUAGCGAAAUCAUAAAUCGAAUUUCUGGGGUUGUCCUGUUCGAGAAAAAAUUAUAAAUUCUCGUUCUAGACAACAAAAACAACAAAUAAAAAAUGUACCCACUUCUUCAAGUACACUUCAAGAAAACGCGUCCAAAAGUGCUAAUCCGAUUCAAAAUAGAUUCACAACUUCUUCUACCUCCGUCACACCAUCCUACAAUGGUGUGCCAUCUUAUGCUUCAGUGGCAGGUAACAAGGCCAAAAUAACUGCUACCGUUACCACGCCCACAAACUCGUUUGCACCCAACGCUUCAAGUAGUCCAAUGGAUCUAGAUAGCGUAACGGAAGAAAAAUUAAAAUACCUACAGGGCUCUAUGUUACCUAUGAUGAUUGCCAUGUUAAAUUCUACCUCCAUGUUUGAAGCUUUUCAAGCGGGGUGGGAAUUUGCUAACAAAAUUGUAAUGAAAUUAAAGUUUAACAAUGACUUUAAAUAAUCAUUUAAAUUUAUUAAAUUGGAAUGCUCGUUCAUUAAAAACGUGCGAGGACGAAUUUUUCAACUUCUUGAGGAUACAUAAUGUGCAUAUAGCCGUUGUGACCGAAACUUUUCUAAAACCAAAUAUUAAAUUGAAGAGUAACUCUAAUUUUGUUAUUCGUCGAUUUGAUCGAAUUGUUGGAUUCGGCGGAGGAAUCGCAAUAGCGGUUAAUCGCAGGAUCAAACAUUCCGUUACGCCGUCUCUUGGCACCAAGGUGAUCGAGAGUUUGGGUAUCGAAGUUGAAACUGAUCUGGGUAUCAUUUUUAUUGCUGCAGCCUAUUUUCCUUUUCAGUGCACUGGCGAGAAAAUUAAUUUCUUGAAAGGAGACUUACAAAAACUUACAAGAAAUCGGUCGAAAUUCUUCAUAAUCGGUGAUUUUAACGCCAAACACUGAGCCUGGAAUAAUGCUCAAAGCAAUUCCAAUGGUAAACUACUUUUAAUGAUUCUUCUGCUGGUUAUUAUUCAAUUUUGUUCCCGAAUGGUCCUACGUGCUAUUCGUCUGUAAGGAAUCCAUCAACAAUUGAUUUGGUUUUGACAGAUCAAUGUCACCUUUGUAGCGAAAUGAUUACACAUGCUGAUUUUGAUUCUGAUCAUCUUCCAGUAACUUUUUCACUUUUUCAAGAAGCUGUUUCCAAUCCCAUUAGCUCAGUGUUAAAGUAUCACAAAGCGAAUUGGGAAAGGUACAAAACUUAUAUUGAGAAUAAUUUGAAUCAUGACCUUGAUUUACAAAAUAAAACUGACUUUGAUACGGCAUUACAAAAUUUAAGUAGAUCUAUAGUUGAUGCUAAAAAUUUAUCAGUACCAGCAGCACAGAAAAAAAUUAAUACUCCUAUUAUUGACGACGAUCUUCAACUUCUGAUUCGCUUGAAGAAUGUUCGAAGACGUCAAUAUCAACGUUCUCGUGAUCCUGCUAUGAAAUGUAGCUAUCAGGAUCUACAAAAAGAAAUUAAGCAUAGAUUCACACUCUUAUGAAAUGAAAAUUUCGCGAAAGAGGUUGGACAAAACAAGCCUAAUUCUAAAUCUUUCUGGAUACUUUCUAAGGUUCUUAAGAAACCUCAGAAACCAAUUCCAGCUGCGAAGGAAGGUGACCACAUACUUCUUACAAACGAAGAAAAAGCUCAAAAACUUGCUCAGCAGUUUGGAAGCGUCCAUAAUUUUAAUCUCAACGUUGUGAGUCCUAUUGAAACCGAAGUCUUACAAAAAUAUGAAAACGUUUCAAAUCAAGUAUUGUCUCUAGACAUUAUUGUUGAAACAAACUAUGAUGAGAUCAAAUCCAUCAUAAAAAAGUUGAAAAAUAUGAAAGCUCCAUCAUAACGAUGGAAUUUUCAACAUUCUUCUUAAAAACCUUCCCGAAAUCACCAUGAGAUACUUGGUCAAAAUAUUCAACAAAUGUUUUGAAUUAGCAUACUUCCCUGAAAGAUGGAAAGAUACCAAGAUUAUUCCUAUUUUGAAGCCAGUUAAAAACCUAGCAGAAGCAUCUAGCUAUCGACCAAUUAGUUUACUCUCUUCUAUUAGUAAAUUAUUUGACAAAAUCAUCCUAACUAGAAUGAUGUCACAUGUCAAUGAGAAUUCUAUUUUUCUUCCUGAGCAGUUUGGAUUUCGUAUUGGACAUUCAACUACUCAUCAACUUGUGAGGGUGACUAACACGAUAAAGUCAAAUAUCUCAGAGGGCUAUUCCACUGGAGUUGCUCUUCUAGACAUCGAAAAAGCUUUCGACAGUAUUUGGCACAAAGGUUUAAUUGCCAAAAUGUGGGAUUUCAAUUUUCCAAUUUACAUAAUAAAGAUAAUUAAAAAUUAUCUCACUCACCGUACCCUACAGGAUACUUAUCAGAAUUGUAAAUUUAAUAAGCUACCCGUUAAAGUAGGCGUCCCUCAAGGAUCAAGCGUCGCACAAAUACUAUACAAUAUUUUUACCUCUGAUCUUCCAAAUCUACCUACAGGCUGUAAAAAGUCACUUUUCUGUGAUGAUAUUAGCAUCUCAGCCACUGGUAGGAGUCUUCGUAUUAUCUGCAGUCGACUGCAACGAAGCUUGAAUAUUUUCAAUGAUUACCUGAAAAAAUGGAAAAUUUCCACUAAUGCGGCAAAAACACAAUUGAUUGUGUUUCCGCAUAAGCCAAGAGCUUCUUUUCUUAAACCAAAUAAUAACCAUAUUAUUAAAUUUAAUGGUUUGAAUUUAACGUGGUCAGAUCAAGUUAAAUACUUGGGUUUGAUUUACGAUAAAAACUAACUUUUAAGGAUCACAUUGAAGGAAUCCAAACAAAAUGCAACAAAUAUAUAAAAUGUUUAUACCCUCUUAUAAAUAGGAAUUCUAGGCUCUGCCUAAAGAACAAACUAUUAAUUUAUAAACAAAUAUUUAGACCGGCAAUGCUAUAUGCAGUGCCAAUCUGGGCAAGUUGUUGUGCUACUAGGAAGAAAACGCUUCAAAGGAUUCAGAAUAAAAUUCUGAAAAUGAUUUUGAAGCGUCCUCCCUGGUUUAGCACAAAUGAGUUGCACAGACUCGCAAACAUAGAAACAUUAGAAAUUAUGACGAACAGUAUUAUAAGCAACUUCCGACAAAAAUCAUUGCAAUCUUCAAUUGCAACGAUUAGCUCUCUUUAUAGUUUAUAAGUUAGUUUAUAAGAUUUGUUUAGCUCCGUAUU